AUGAAGCUGAAUAUUGCAUACCCAGCCAAUGGCUCCCAGAAGCUCAUCGAAAUCGACGAUGACCGUCGUCUCCGUGUCUUCAUGGAGAAGCGUAUGGGCCAAGAAGUCCCCGGUGACAGCGUCGGCGACGAAUUCAAGGGCUACAUCUUCAAAAUCACCGGAGGAAACGACAAGCAAGGUUUCCCAAUGAAGCAGGGUAUCAUGCACCCAACCCGUGUCCGUCUCCUCCUCGCCAAGGGCCACUCUUGCUACCGCCCCCGUCGUACCGGUGAACGCAAGCGUAAAUCCGUCAGAGGCUGCAUCGUCGGAUCCGACCUCGCUGUCAUGUCCUUGACUAUCGUUAAGCAAGGUGAUGCUGAGAUCCCCGGCUUGACCGACACCACCCACCCAAAGCGCCUCGGUCCAAAGAGAGCAUCCAAGAUCCGUAAGUUCUACGGAUUGACCAAGGAGGAUGAUGUCCGCAAGUUCGUCAUUCACCGUGAGGUUCAGCCAAAGGGUGAGGGAAAGAAGCCAUACUCCAAGGCUCCUAAGAUUCAGCGUCUCGUUACUCCUCAGACUCUGCAGAGGAAGCGUCACAGAAUCGCACUCAAGAGAAGACGCUCGGAGGCUCAGAAGGAGGCUGCCAGCGAAUACGCUGGCCUCCUCGCCAAGCGUGUCCAGGAAGAGAAGGCCAAGAAGGCCGAUAUCCGCAAGAGAAGAGCCAGCUCGAUGAGAAAAGAAUAA